GUUGUCGUCCACAAUCCUCCUCGCAGGAGAAAACAGAGCAAAGAUGGUCCUCCUCUGAUGAGGAUUGUUCUUCUGGGUUCGAGCGUGUCUGAAAACAGUCUGGUGGGGAACUUCAUCUUAGGACGAGCAGCGUUUGACAGUGAAGCUCCUCCAGAUGUUGUAGAGAGAGUCAGAGGAAGACUGAAGGACAGAGAUGUGAUGGUCAUCACCAGUCCUCAGCUGCUCCAGAGGAACAUCUCAGAUCAUCAGAUCACACAGACAGUGAGAGAGUGUGUGUUUCUGUCUGAUCCAGGACCUCACGUGAUCGUUCUGCUCCUCAAACAUGAGCUGUGUUCAGCAGAAGAUCAGGAGCAUGUGGAGAAGGUGCUGCUCUCUUUCUCUGAGCAGGUUUAUCAACACAGCAUGGUGCUCACGACACAAGAGACCAAUGAAACCAGUGACGUCCUACAGAACAUCAUUCAGAAGUGUGCAAACAGAUACUUCAGUCUUCAGAGGAGCAGCUCUCCUAUAUCUUCUGUUACAGGUUCAACAGAGAGAGAAGGUGAUCUGAGGAUUGUGCUGCUGGGAAAAACAGGAGUUGGGAAAAGUUCAACUGGAAACACCGUCUUAGGAAGAAAAGCGUUUACAGCAGAAACAUCUCAAGAGUCUGUUACUAAAGAGUGUCAGAGAGAAACAUCUGAAAUCAACGACAGACACAUUACUGUGAUCGACACUCCGGGACUGUUUGAUACUGAACUCAGUAAUGAAGAAAUCCAGAGAGAAAUCAGCAACAGCAUCUCCAUGAUCCUGCCUGGACCACAUGUGUUCAUCAUCGUGCUCAAUUUAGGACAACGAUUCACUAAAGAAGAAGCAACAGCUGUGGAGAUCAUUCAGGAGACAUUUGGAGAGAAAUCGUUAAUGUUCACCAUGGUGCUCUUCACCAGAGGAGAUGAUCAGGAGAACAAAACCAUUGAUCAGUGUUUAGGAAAACCUGGAUCUGCCCUUAGAAACCUGAUUGAUGUGUGUGGAAACAAUUUCAAUGUGUUCAAUAAUAAAGAGACUAGAGACCGAACACAGGUGACUGAUCUACUGCAGAAGAUAGACAACAUGGUGAAGACAAACGGAGGGAGUUACUACUCAUGUAAGAAGUUCAGAGAGAUGGAGAGAGAAAUACAGAAGAACAAGCUGAUGGAGAGAGUCAGAGAACGAGAAGAAGAGAUGAAGAAACUAGAAGAAGAGAAAGAGAGGAUGAAGAUGGAGGAACAUCAUGAGAAAGAGAGAAGAGAAGAAGAGUUUAGAGAGAGGGAAGAACAAUAUAAGAGAGAUAUUAAAGAAAUAAAGGAGGAAGAGAGAGAGAUGAGAGAGGAGAUGAAAAGAGAACGAGAGGAAUGGGAGAAACAGAAACAACAGGAAAGACAAAGAAGAGAAGAAGAGGAGGAGAAAUGGAGAAAGAAAGAACAGGAAAUGCGGGAUGAAUAUAAUCAGAGACUUAAACAAGAGGAAGAGAGAAUGAAGAUGAUAAAAGAAGAACGACAGAAUCAGGACAAAGAGCGAGAGAGAAGAGAAGAGCAACUGAAAAAAGAAAUAACAGAACAAGAGAAACAUCUGAGAGAGAUGAGACAAGAACGAGAGAAAUUUAGACAUGAAAUAGAGGAUGUGAAGAAAGAAAAAGAAAGACAACAGCUCAAAUACGACACAGAAAUAGAAAUACUGAUGAACAGAAUAGAGAUUGACAGGAAGAAAAGAGAAGAAGAAUAUAAUACACUAAUGAAAGAGAGAGAAGAUCUUCAAUCUAAACAUGAAGAAGAAGAAAACAAGAUGAAGAUCCUGAUGGAGAAACUGAACAGAGAAAGAGAAGAACUGAUGAAGAAACAUGAAGAAGAGAAUGAGAAGAUGAAGAUGAAGAUGGAGGAAGAACGACAGAAUCAUGACACAGAGAGAAAGAGAAGAGAAGAAGAGUAUAAUGAGAGAGAAGAGAGAUAUACAAGAGAAAUGAAGGAACAGGAGGAGCAGAUGAGAGACGAGAUGAAAAGUGUAAAAGAGGAGUGUAAGAAUGAAAGAAAGGAAAUGAGAAAAGAAAUAGAGACUGUAAAGAAAGAAAAAGAAAAUCUUCAGAUCAGAUACGAAACAGAAACAGACAGAAUGAUGAACAGAAUAGAGAAUGAAAGACAGCAUCAUGAGAAAGAGAGAAAGAGAAGAAGAGAUUAAUGAGAGAGAAGGACGAUAUAAAACACAAUUAAAGGAGAAAGAGAGAGAGAUGAAAGAGGAGAUGAAGAGAGAACGAGAGGAAUGGGAGAAACACAAAGAAGAAGAAAAGACGAGAAGAGAAGAAGAGAUUAAAGAAAGAGAGGAACGAUAUAAAACACAAUUAAAGGAGAAAGAGAGAGAGAUGAAAGAGGAGAUGAAGAGAGAAC